UAUUCUAAACUUCUAUUGUUCCUUGUAACUGAGAAUUCAAAAUAGUCAAAUAGUAUAGCUUAACCAUGAAUGUGUGUGCCUGUUGCACCGAUAACAUAUAGUAUUUGGGUAUUUUAACAGAAGGCAAGUAAAGUAAUGGUUUUGAAAACGUAAAUUGGAUUGCUUAUUAUUCUCUGAGUCAUAAAAUAGAAACACCUGUAACUGCAAUUCCAAAUCAAUAUUUGUAUUACUACAGAUCAGGGAUUUUACAAAAGAAAAAAAGUAUGAUUAAACAAUGGAGUCAUUCCUUGCCAUUCAGGUGCAAACCACUAUACUUUCAGUGUGACUUCAGGUUUCUAUGUUGACAUAAUAAGGUGUUUCUGUCUUUCGUUGGUUGCCAGGUUCCUCACAAUAAUCUGGGUAAUUUGGGAUGCUACAGCCUUCUAGUGCUACAAAUCAAACCUCAUGAUAUAGGUUUUUUGGCCUUUUUUAUUUUUUAUUAAAAAUAUGUCGGUUCUGGUGGGAGCAUAACAUUGUGUGCCCUUAUUCUAUAUCCACUCAAAUAAGAACCUUGGGCCAUCACCAUCUUAGGGCCUAAGGAAAAAUUGUAAGGAGCCAGAUUGUCUUUCUUAGCGCUUUUUCCACAUGUCUACUCACUCUAAAUUGUUAAGUGCUAACUCUUUUAAAAUAUUCAGUUAUCUAACUGUUCAAUAGAAAAUGAAAAGAGGCAGGUGUUAAGCUCAAAAACAUGUGGCUCUCUUACUAAUUUUCCACUGGUUGAUUAGAGCAGUCUACAAACAGGAAUAACACUGCUCCAGGACUGAUGCUACCUUUGUUUUUUCCUAAUGCCACUGUGGGACUAGUGACCUUCAUAUGCUGCGCUGAUUAACUCCAGAAAUUAACUGUUUCUGCUGUAAGUACUGGAAAAAAAACCCAUUAAGAUAGAGCUAUAGCAUUUCUUCCAAAAUUAUAGAAUGGUGAACGCAGUCAUUCUUUGGCAGCAACUGCUUCUAGGCUCCUGUUUGCCAGUGUUUCCUAGCCACUCUAAAGGUUUCCACACAGUGGGUGUGGGGUCUCUAUUUUGUUUUUUUUAUUUUUGACCUUUUUCAAAUAGCAGACAGGAGAGAAAAACAAGAACGGGGGCAAUUUGCUUCCUAAUUGAUGUUUUUAGUGCUCUGUUGCCCAGCUAGAGAUACACAUGCUAAUUCAAUGGAAACAAGUUUUAUAAUGUUGUGGGUACUAUAUUAGACACCGAUGUAUAUCUUGGGGCUGACAGUCCUCAUGUUAGUGACCCCUGAAUUAGAUGGCGUGAUUGUUUCCAGUAUUCUCAAGGUUGACUCAGCUUUCCAUCCAAGAUAAUGACAUGGAUCUUGGAAUUCCCAAAAAAACUCUUAACAGGAUGUUGGGCAAUGCUUAUGAAGGUGCCCUGCCACCUGAUCAUACUGGAAUCCUUUCCAAUGACAAUCCUCUCUGCAACGAUGAGCAGAGCAACUUUCUGACCCACACUGAUGUGAUCAAGCGUUCUCAACCUCUGUUCAUCCAAGCAAAUAGAAAAAUGAAGGAGGAAAAGCCUCAUACCUUAUCUUUGCCUUCUAUCCCAAACCCUUUUCCAGAACUCUGUAGUCCCUCAAAUUCACCUAUCCUCACCAGCUCCACACUGGGGCCAGGAUCACAGCGUGAAGGUGGCUCUCAUGUAGUAAAAGUUUACAGUGAAGAUCAUACCUGCUGCUCUUUGGAAAUCACAGCAGGGACCACGGCCCGUCAUGUUUGUGAGAUGCUGGUGCAGAAAACUCAUUCUUUGCAUGAUGACUGCUGGUCUUUGGUAGAGGUCUAUCAUCACUUAUCUCUAGAACGGAUCUUAGAAGACCAUGAGUCUGUGGUAGAGGUUCAGGCCACAUGGCCUGUGGGAGGUGAUAGUCGAUUUGUCUUCCGGAAGAAUUAUGCUAAAUAUGAGCUGUUCAAGAGCUCACCACAAUCAAUAUUUCCUGAAGUUAUGGUUUCCAGAUGUCAGGAUGCAGCUAAUAAAGGCAUGUCCCACCUAGAACUCAUACAGAAUGUUCUAAAUUCAGGAAGCUGUCCUGAAAUUCAAGGAUUCUUGCAUCUGAAGGAAGUUGGGCGCAAAGCCUGGAAAAGAUUUUACUUUUCUCUGCGGCGUUCUGGGCUCUAUUACUCAACAAAAGGCAUGUCAAAAGACCCCCGGCAUUUACAAUAUUGUGUUGACAUAAAUGAAUCAGUCAUUUAUUAUAUAAGCCAAGGCAAAAAACAAUAUCACACGCCCACCGAGUAUGGCUUUUGUAUCAAGCCACAUAAGGCACGCAGUGGAGUCAAAGGACUGAAGCUAUUUUGCUGUGAAGAUGAACAAAGUCGCACAUGCUGGAUGGCUGCCUUUCGUCUCUUUAAGUACGGCAUACAGCUCUACAGAAACUAUCAGCAAUGUCAGACACGCCAAAAGGAACCAGCUUGGUUUGGCACUGUGCCCCUACGGAGCGUGUCUGAUAAUACCCUCGUUGCCAUGGACUUUUCGGGGUGUACAGGGCGAGUGAUUGAAAACCCCAAUGAGGCACUGACUGUAGCUCUGGAGGAAGCUCGGGCAUGGAGGAAGAAGACAUCUCAGCGAUACAGCCUUCCCACUGCAUUCCAGAGCUGUCCAUUCGGUGCUGCCAUCCACAAAAUGCAACCCUGGUUCCAUGGUCAUAUUUCUAGAGAAGACACCCAGCGACUUAUAAUUCAACAAGGAGUUGUGGAUGGGUUAUUCCUGGUGCGUGAAAGUCAGAGGAAUCCCAAGGGCUUUGUCUUGUCCCUUAGUCAUACGCAAAAAGUGAAGCACUAUCUGAUACUUCCGUGUGAAGAAGAAGGACGCCUCUACUAUACCAUGGAUGAUGGCCAGACGCGUUUUGCUGACUUGAUUCAGCUAGUGGAAUUUCACCAAAUUAAUCGUGGCAUCCUGCCUUGCAAGCUGAAGCACUAUUGCACGUGUGUUGCCUUAUGAUUGACUGUCACCCAUUGGCCAUUCCUGGGCCCUGAAUUACCAUUGGCUAAGGCUUAUAUGUAGGUCUUUUUGAAAUGCAUACAUCAGGACCUACUUCAGACUUUCAACUUCUCUUGUCCCCUUGCCUUCAGCCACUCCUACAAGAAACCAAGUAAAGAACAGUAUUUGAAAUUUCCCAUGGGGCUAUUCAUCAGUAAGCCAUCAGAUUUUUUUUUUUUUUUUCAGAAUCAAAGAAGGAUUUCAGGUCACAGUAUAGUAGUUUAGUUUGGAAACAGUCACAACGUUGUUGGCUGGUGUCUUUAUUUUUCCAUAUGAUUUUUUUUUACCUCUUCAGUGCCCUUCUAUAUGUAUGUUUUAAUACAGAUUUUGUUUUGUCACCAUGUUACAGAAAAUUUGCAGUGUUGAUUAUUUAAUGUUUCUAAUAAGAUUACCAAUUUCCAAUAGCCUGGUCCAGCAUGUAUGCCAGACUUAUGCAUUGUUUCAAAACCCUAACUGACUAGGAACAAUAGUAGGAUAUUAGACCUGAUUCUUAUUGCAAAUCAAUACAGAUAUACAAAAGUCUUAUUAACUCUCUUAAGAACUAUUGUCUGGUUCUUUCCAAGAUUCUAUGGGUGCUGUCA